AUGGAAGCAUACCUAGGCCAAAUAAACCAAACAGUAGCAGAACUAGCGAACGUAGAUACCCAAGUAGAAGAUGGAGAUCUGGCAAUGAUAAUUCUGUGUGGACUACCAGAAGAAUGGGAUAUGGUGAUAUCAACACUAUGUAAUGUACCAGAAGAGGAAUUUAAACCUUCAAUUGUUAAGAGAAGAAUCCUUGCAGAAGCUGAAAGAGGAAAAGAGACACUGGAAAAGUUGUUCAAAAUGUCGAAUGAAGAAAGCGAUACUGGAAAUGAUGUUGUUGCACAACGAAGUUCGCUUAAUGAUAAGUUGCGCGAAGUGGAGAUGAUGAAAAAUCGUUUGAGAGUUGCCCUCCCUUCGGGAACCAGUCGUAGUAAAGGUGGAACUGAAUCCAGCGAUAGUGAGGAUGAGGAUGAUCAGGAUGAUGAUCAAGAGUUGCAUAGAGGAAUGCAGACUUUGACGUUCAAGGAUGUGGAAGAAUCAAUUAGUACUUUCAGUGGCGAUAAUAACGAGAAUGUUCGUUAUUGGCUUCAAGAAUUUGAAGAUAUGGCAAAAUUGUGUGAGUGGAAUGGCGUACAAAAAGUUAUAUACGCGAAGCGAUUGUUGCGAGGAUCAGCCAAGUUGUUCGUGAAUUACGAAAAAUGUUGCCGAAAGUGGUCUGAGAUGAAGCAGGCGCUGAUAUCGAAAUUUUCGCAAUCGGUGGACGCGCAUAAAAUACACAAAAAGUUGUCUCGCAGAUUCAAGAAGUCAAAUGAGUCGUAUCAGGAAUAUAUCUAUCAGAUGCUGGAGAUAGGCAAACAAGCAGACAUGGAAAUAGCGGCAAUAAUUAAAUAUAUCAUUAAUGGAGUUCAAGAUGAUGAAUCCAACAAAAUGAUAUUGUAUGGUGCCAGGACGAUACGUGAGCUGAAACAGAAAUUCGAAUCCUACGAAGCCAUGAAGGAGAAUUCAAGAACGAAGAGUAGGAAAGCCGAAGAGAAGACGAAGAAACCAGCCUGUAGAGUUGCCGGUCAAGAAAACGUUCGGAGAUGUUUUUUGUGGGGAGAUCGUAGUCAUUUAAGUGCAAGCUGCCCGACAAAGAAUAAAGUUAUGAAAUGUUUCAAGUGUCAGGAAUACGGGCAUGUUGCGUCAGCAUGUAGUGGAGCGAAUAAGCCUCUGAAGGAUGUAAGCAGUACGUCGGAAGAUUCACGAAAAAAGCGUUUAAAGGAGGUACAGAUUGAACAUUGUAAGUUGGUAGUUUUGGUAGAUUCCGGUAGCGAUUUGAGUUUGAUGCGCGCAGAUCAUUAUGUCAGAAUUGAUGACACGAUAUAUCCAAUAAAUAUACACGUUUUACCUGAUGCGUUGACACCCCAUGGUUUAAUACUUGGUACAGAUUUUUUUGAUUCUGUAGAACUCGUUAUGAAAGGGGAAGAAAUUAUUAUUGAAAAAUUAGAUGUGCCGGAAGUUUUUAGUAUGAAUACUGAAACUACAGUACAUGAGGUAGAUUUAUCGCAUAUUGUAGUUUCUGAACACAAAGAAGCAGUAAAAGAGUUGAUAGAAAAUUACAAGCCCGACAAAACAUGCGAAGUUGGAAUUACAAUGAAUAUUAUUCUAAGUGAUGAUAUACCUGUUCAUCAAAGACCGCGAAGGUUAUCUCCUGGGGAGAAGGACGAAGUUAAUAACCAGAUAGCAUUAUGGUUAGAAGAUGGAAUUAUUCAACGGUGUCAUUCGGAUUAUGCCAGUCCUAUAGUGUUGGUUAAAAAGAAAAAUGGCUCAACUCGAAUUUGUGUUGAUUAUAGACAAUUAAAUAAAAGGAUUAUAAAAGAUAGAUACCCAUUGCCGUUAAUAGAGGAUGAAUUGGAUUCGUUGCAAGGUGCGAAAGUAUUUAGUACGUUAGAUUUGAAAAACGGAUUUUUCCAUGUAUCUAUCGAAGAAAAUAGUCGGAAAUAUACAGCCUUUGUCAUACCCAAUGGACAUUAUGAAUUCCUAAAAGUACCAUUUGGUCUUUGUAAUUCGCCAGCUGUUUUUCAGAAAUUUAUCCAUGCAGUAUUUAGUAAAGUAAUAACGGCUGGCAUCGCUCGUACGUAUUUGGAUGACAUUAUAGUGUUAGUUAGCGAUACAGUGUCCGUAAUCGAGAACCUUAGAACUGUGUUAAGUGUAGCGUCUCAGCACGGAUUAGUAAUUAAUUGGAGCAAAUGUAAUCUUCUGCAGACGAGAGUUGAGUUUUUGGGACAUAUUGUUGAAAAUGGUCAUGUUCAGCCGUCGGAAGAUAAAACUAAAGCCGUUAUCAAAUUUCCAAAGCCGCAAUUUAUAAAGGAUGUUCAGAGUUUUCUGGGUUUAACAGGAUAUUUUAGGAAAUUUAUCCAUCAGUAUUCGGUUAUAGCGAGACCAUUGUCGAAUUUGUUAAAAAAGGACAGUAAAUUUAAAUUUGAGACGGCUGAACAGGAGGCGUUUGAUAAACUUAAACUAAUUUUAAGUGGUAUGCCAGGUAUGAAAUUGUAUUGUAUGGGUGCUGAAACUGAGCUACAUACCGAUGCAUCUAGUUUAGGGUAUGGAGCGAUUUUAAUGCAACGCGAUAACGAGGAUGGUAUUUUUCACCCCGUUUAUUAUGCAAGCGGAAAAACCACACCUGCUGAGGAAAAAUAUCCUAGUUAUGAACUCGAAGUCUUAGCAAUUAUAAAGUCUUUAAGAAAAUUUCGUGUUUACUUGUUAGGAAUUCCAUUCACAAUUGUUACAGAUUGCCAAGCGUUUGCGUUAACAAUGAACAAAAAAGACUUAUGUUGGAAGAAGACGAUAGUGGAAUUAUUGUUAGACUGCGUGAUGCUCAAAAAGAAGAUGUUGAGUUACAUAAAAUUUGUGACGAUGUUGAACAAUACCGAGCGACGAAUGCAGACGCAAGUAGUUCGUCAGGCACAUGAGCGUGGUCAUUUUGGUGUGACUAAAACUGAGGACUUGAUAAAGCGAGAUUAUUGGUUUAAGGGAAUGCGUCAGCAGAGCGAAAACAUGAUAAAAAUGCGUGAAGAUCCCGAGAUUAAGCAGAUGAUAGAGGAAGAAUGGAUCACGAUGUUUAAUGCAGAACGUGACGAGAUACGAGCACGAGCAAAAGAAAAAAUAGCUGAAGUGCAGGCACAGAACAGGAAGACAUUUAACAAGAACCGAAAAGAGGCAACAGAAUAUACACGAGGCCAACUAGUUGCAAUCAAGAGGACACAAGCUGCGCCGGGUUUAAAGUUCCAUUCGAAGUAUUUGGGACCCUAUCGUGUGACGAAAUUGUUACGGAAUAAUCGCUAUAUGGUACAAAAAGUUGGGGAGCACGAAGGACCACAGAUGACAUCGACGGCUGCCGACUACAUGAAAACGUGA